AAUAAUGGACAAUCAGAAAAUCUGGCUGCAUCAGACAAAGAUCCUGCCGCAGCCACAACAAUGUUUUCAAAUGAUCAAGAGAACGUCAUUGGCCAAGAUGAAAUACUACCGACAACUACAAAAAAACGAAUGCCAACAACAAGAAAACGUCGUGGUAGCUCUUCUGUACCAGUAUCAAAAACGUCAGAAUAUUUACGAGCUAAAAGGCCAUGUCACUGA